UAGUCUAGCCACUACAUGCAUUACCGAAUUACUCUUGCGGUUCCGCGGGAGUCCAGCGGCUCUUCCUCGAACUCCCCUUCAAUAGAACUUUACUCAUAGACGGCAACCGAAGUUCUCUCUCAGACAUGCAACGGGGGAACGAUUUCACCGUCAACUCGCCAUAUUCCUUCAUGUAUCCUCACUCCUACCCUAGCCCUAAUGAAUCUCCCCACUCACAUCAAUCCCAACCGAGCUCCGCAUCCGCCCCUCCUCACCCCCAUUUUCCUCCACCGGACAUCUCCGCCUCCUAUCCCCAACUACUAGAAACCGCACCGAAUCCUCAGCCAGCGCCUUAUCCUCACCUUCUCCCGCAUCUUCCUUACGAUCCUCGGCAUCCCUCGUUCAAUUACGUGGCGCAUUUGAUCCCCAAUUCCAAUCAAAAUCCCUCCUUUGUAUCUUCUUACCCUUUGAUCGAGAAUCCCUAUCAAGGAGCUGGGGACCAUGUUGUUGAUUGCUUCUAUGGUAAGAAACUGGAGAAUGAUUUUGGCUACAAUGAGUUUGGAGAGGGCGUCUAUGCCUAUGACGGGGGUCGCGUUGAGCCCUAUGAUUCACAGAGAAAGGGGCCUAUUUGGUCUUCGUCUUCUUCUUCUUGGUCUGGUUUUGAUGAUUAUGGGAGGUCCGUGGGGUUCGCUUCAUCUGGGAGGGAGCAGGUGGGAGGUUUGGGAAAGGUGGUGAGGGCAGAGCCGAAAGCAGAUAUGCAGCAUGACGUGAAGUGUGGAGUGCAGAAGUUUCGGGUUAAGCUGUUGUCUGAAGGCGCAGGGCAGAGCAACUUCGAUAUUCUUUGCCAGGUUGGUUUGGAUGGGAUUCACAUGCUUGAUCCUAGCAGUAAUAGAACAUUGAGAAUCUAUCCCCUUGAGAACCUGACAAGAUGGGAAAUAAUGGAUUCGUCUAUAUUUGUGUUCUGGGCGAAAAGUUCUGUUGAUCCUGAAUCCAGGCGAGUUAGACUGCAAUCUAACAGUUACACUUCCAAUACUAUGCUUGACUCUGUGACGGCUGCGAUAGCUCAGCUCAAGGAGAUGGGUGGAACUUCUGAAUCUAGCAAGCAAACUGAACAGUUAACUGAAAAGAAGAGGGGAUUUGGCGAUUGGAUGAAUUUGAUUAAGCCUCACUAUGAAGAAAAAGAUCAUUGGGUUCCAGACGAAGCUGUUGGCAAGUGCACAUCAUGCGGAAUAAGUUUUGGUGCUUUUGUACGAAGGCAUCAUUGCAGGAAUUGUGGUGAUAUUUUUUGUGAUAAGUGCAGCCAAGGUAGAAUAGCUCUCACUGCUGAUGAACAAGCUCAGUCAGUUCGAGUUUGUAACAAAUGCAUGGAAGAAGUUACUCGAAGGCUGAAUAUUGCAAAAGAGUCCGUCGGAACAUCUUCUGGAUUUAACACCCAUGAGGCGCUUGCUAGAAAACUUCAGGAAGAAAUGGAGAAGAAACGGAGGAGGCUAGCCGAUUCAAAGUCAUUGUCGGUCGGGUUCAGCCGGCGAAUGCGGGAGGUUGCAUGCCCAACCUGCACAGUCCUCCUCCAGGUUCAGGUUCCAACCUCUGGUUCAGAAACUAUAGAAUGUGGCGUUUGUCAGCAUCCCUUCCUUGUCAGCUCAAAUUAAUCUGCUGAUCGUAACAUAUUCGGUUCUGAGGUAUUAUGUUUUCAGUAACAUAUGAAUGCCAUUUUUUUAACCUGCAA